CUGUCAGAACGCUGUGGUAAACACUGUAGUGACGCUGCAGUUUCCCAGCAUUCAGUUGGGCAUCAUGGCGGACACCAGGGAGAAAGCGCUGCAGGACUACAGGAAAAAAUUACUCGAACACAAAGAAGUUGACGGGCGGUUAAAAGAACUGAGAGAGCAGCUGAGAGAACAAACUAAACAGUACGAGAAAUCAGAGAAUGACCUAAAGGCUCUGCAAAGUGUUGGUCAGAUUGUUGGAGAAGUGCUCAAACAGCUGACAGAGGAGAAAUUCAUUGUCAAGGCCACCAAUGGCCCCCGAUAUGUGGUUGGAUGCCGCAGACAGUUGGACAAGUCGCAGCUGAAGCCAGGCACCAGAGUGGCUUUGGACAUGACUACACUCACUAUAAUGAGGUACCUGCCCAGAGAGGUGGACCCUCUGGUGUACAACAUGUCCCACGAGGACCCUGGCAGUGUCUCCUACUCUGAGAUCGGAGGCUUGUCUGAACAGAUCCGUGAGCUGAGAGAGGUGAUUGAGCUGCCGCUGACCAACCCUGAGCUCUUCCAGAGAGUGGGGAUCAUCCCCCCUAAAGGCUGUCUGCUUUACGGACCUCCAGGCACUGGGAAGACUCUUCUAGCCAGAGCAGUUGCCAGUCAGCUGGACUGCAACUUUCUCAAGGUGGUGUCCAGCUCCAUUGUGGACAAGUACAUCGGUGAGAGUGCCAGGCUGAUCAGAGAGAUGUUCAACUAUGCUCGGGACCACCAGCCAUGCAUAAUCUUUAUGGAUGAGAUUGAUGCAAUCGGUGGCCGUCGAUUCUCGGAGGGAACCUCUGCUGACCGAGAGAUCCAGAGGACUCUGAUGGAGCUGCUGAACCAAAUGGAUGGCUUCGAUACACUGCACAGAGUCAAGAUGAUCAUGGCCACCAACAGACCUGACACUCUGGACCCGGCCCUGCUGCGGCCCGGCAGACUGGACCGUAAAAUCCACAUCGAACUGCCCAAUGAACAGGCUCGUCUGGACAUCCUCAAGAUCCACUCCAGUCCCAUCACCAAGCACGGAGAGAUAGAUUAUGAAGCCAUUGUGAAGCUGUCUGACGGUUUCAACGGAGCUGAUCUGAGAAAUGUGUGCACCGAAGCAGGUUUGUUUGCCAUCCGCUCCGACCGUGAGUACGUCACUCAGGAAGACUUCAUGAAAGCUGUGAGGAAGGUAGCAGAUUCAAAGAAGCUGGAGUCCAAGCUGGACUACAAGCCUGUAUAAAUCCUCCGUGUCAGUCCUUUUCUGAUCUUUUUCAUUGCAUUUUCAUGGAUUUGCUGUGUUCUGUGCUUCAAGGCCAGAAAAAAGUUUGUUUAUGUUUGUGGGAAGCAACAGAAAAAGUAAACUUUCCUCACAGUUGCCAACAAAGUGAUUUUCACUUAGUAACUCCUGAUCGAAGGUUGAUCAGCCUGGCAUCCCACAUGUAAAAUACACUUCUAUCUUCAUGUACUGAAAUAUACUAUAAGUCAAUUUAUGACCAUUCAUUUCUCUCAUUACCUGAAAGUGAGUGUGAUGGACUCUCAGUUACUGCAUUGUCAAAAACUGAUUUAACACAUUCUGAGUUUGAUUGUUCCUGACCUUGAAAACAUUUUGGAAAAGCUAAAUAAAUCUUGUACUGAACUUGAAAGUUCUCAUCAACAAA